AGCCUGGCUCAAGCAGCCUGGUUCAAGAGCAAAGACUCGCCAGUCCAUCGCUGCCCGCUGCCCGACGCACACUUGCGAGCGGCGCUGCGGCUGCCCUACUCGGCCUCCGCGCUUACAGCAUGUCCGCGCGCGAUGGUGGCGCGCUGGCCGCGCAGGUGGCCGCGCUGAAAGACUGCGCCAAGCAGGCGGUGGACAACGGGGAGUACGGCCAGGUUGUGAAGCUCGUUGCGCGGAUCCAGCAACUGGAGCGGCUGCAGCGGGUCGAGGCAAUGGGCGCGUCGCUGAGAGCUGUCGAGGAACGCGUGAGCGCACACAUCGCCAGCAUGGACUCCGCCCAGGCCGAGCUUCGCCGCGUCAUGGCCGCGCUGGCCGAGGCCGGGGCGCCACUGCCGCACGCGCCGCCAGAGAACGCGGGAGUCCCCGCGCCAGAGCCCGACGAGGCCGGGGCGCAGCAGUUACCGCACCUGCCCGAGUUGGAGGAGGUGGAAGUGACGGAGCGGAAGCAGGAGCUGUGGGAAGAGUUCGGCGGCCUUGAGCUUGACCCCGUGCUCGGCAGCGGGGCGGUUGUCCUGGUGGACGCGGAGUGGGUGGUGGAGCGGGCGGGCUCUGGCGGAACCCUCGAGCCGCGCCAGGCCUUGCCGCCGACUGCGUUCAUGCCCCACAGCGGGGUCAAAGCUGCCACAGCUGACACUGGCAAUCGCCAAAUGCCACUGCUGCACAUCGCUUGUGUCUCACAUUGCUGGUUGCAGGCUAAUCACCCCGACCCUCACGGCCACAACCUGCGCAUCCUUGGCCGGGCUUUGCAGCUGCUGUCCGCAGAUCGUCACCCUAAUUUCACUGGCCGCUGGGCAGUGUUCAUGGAUUUCUGCUGCAUCCAUCAGAACUGCAGGGAUCACGAGGGUGCCCCUCAGCUGCACACGUAUCAGCGGCUCGAAGUCGAAGGGUCAGAGUGCUUUGAGGCCGACGCAAUCGGCAAAUUCGAGCGCGAGCGUGAGCUCUUCAAGGAGGCCCUGGACAGCCUUGGGAGUUUCUACUCCCACCCUGCCACAGUCGUAUUCAUGCUGACACGGUUCCCCGAUGAUUACGACAAUCCUGCAGCAUACACCCGAUCUGGCAACACUGCGCCUUAUUUCGACCGCGGCUGGUGUUUUUGCGAGUCCUCAUGGGCAAUGUUGACGAAGCAUUAUACCCAUGUGGUGGAUCUCGGACAAGCCACUGGAGACGAGCGUGAAUAUUAUGGCCAGUUCGGCUCUGACGUUUCGCUGGUGCACACGUGCGCCGCAGGGCGGAAGGCGCCCGCCUUGCCCGACGCUGUCGAAGCGGAGCUCCACAGCAAGGGCUUCACGAACGGCAAGAACGAUCGCCCACGGGUUGCCGAGCUGUACCGGUCGGCGUUCGCGCAGCGCUUCGAGUCCGCAGAGCUGCUGAGGUACGCGAGGCUGGGAUGGGGGGACGAGCAGGUCAGGCAGGUGGCCGCGGUGCUUGCUUCGGGCGCCGCGCCGCGCCUGCAGCGGCUCUACCUCUCCAGCAACCGCGUGGGGGACGAGGGCGCGGCCGCCCUGGCGGAGGCCCUCCGGGCCCCGGGCGCCCUGCCGCGCCUGCAGCGGCUCUACCUCUUCGACAACCGCGUGGGGGACGAGGGCGCGGCCGCCCUGGCGGAGGCCCUCCGGGCCCCGGGCGCCCUGCCGAGCCUGCAGGCGCUCGGCCUCGACGGCAACCGCGUGGGGGACGAGGGCGCGGCCGCCCUGGCGGAGGCCCUCCGGGCCCCGGGCGCCCUGCCGAGCCUGCAGGCGCUCGGCCUCGACGGCAACCGCGCGGGGGACGAGGGCGCGGCCGCCCUGGCGGAGGCCCUCCGGGCCCCGGGCGCCCUGCCGCGCCUGCAGGUGCUCGGUCUCGCUGGCAACCGCGUGGGG